AUGGCCAUAGACUCCAUGAAAAACACUCUUUACAUUUCUCAACGGGCGGCGAACUCCAUCAUAGUAGACGUCGCACCUUACCGCAUCUCAUCCGAAGCUUUACUGGCCAUAAACAUCUUUCUUGACGAAUUUUUAUAUUUUCUGGUAGAUUCUGCUAGAUCCCUUGACCUGGUACGCAUAAAACAAGCUAUUAGCCAAGUUUUACCAACCAAUUUGGGUAAAAAUGCCGUCCAAGAAGCAGAACUGGAAUUAAAGACUUACGUGGAAAGUGGAAACUAUGAUAAUACGCAAGAAAGAACCAUCGAAAUAAAUCCUUUUCCUUUGCAAAAAGUCUUUGAACAGUUUCGUGUAAAAUGCCGAUUUUUCAGCACCUUAGGCGAACAUGGUUUUGAUGGUCGUGAUCCUAAUUCAAUACCCGACCUGUACGGUGCCGAUGGUAUUCACAUUGCACCAAGUCUAGCUAUAUAUUUGACUGCUGUGUUGGAAUACGUGGGAGAAUACAUCCUUAUAUCGAUAGCUAAAGCCUCUGAGAAGCACGGAGUGGAAUUAGCAAAAGGUAGAGAAGUGUAUGUCGCGUUAACUGAGGAUGCACAAAUCUUUCCUUUGUUCCGAAGAACGAAGUUAAGAUUAGAAUUGGAGGCUCAAUUUGUGGCGUCGCCAAUAUCUCCAACGUCAACACACAUUACCCCGGGUUCUAUGAAAUCUCCGAACUUGGGAACAUUCUCGGAUGGUGAUGCCGUAAUGCGAUCUCCAACUUCACCGAUGUCACUCAGCCCAACAAAACAAGAAUUUUAUAAUGGAGGUCGUGAAGGAAUUGGUUUAAGCAAAAGUUCCACACAAUCUCCCCCGAUUAGAUCACCUAGUAGUGAUGGUCGACAUAGUUCUGAAUCAAAGAAUGUGG